GAAGUGCGGAUAUGAGAUAAUUUAUUUAGAAUUUGUAUUUAUAAAAAAUUAGCGUUCAUAUCCGAUAAUUAUUAAAGUAUUACAAUGCUAGCCAACAGAUAUAUAAAACUAAUGAGAUUAACAAGAGUCUUAGAAAUUAAUAAAUAUAAUUUUAAUAAUUGCAUUUCGAUAAACAGCAAAGAUCGAAGCCGAACCAGGAAUAAAUACAGUCUAUACGAAACCUUGGUAAAUGCGAGGCCAAUAGUAUCCUCGGUUGUAGUACAAGACAAAACUAAUCUACGCAAGACCGUCUCGUCGCAGGAAGUUCUAGAGAAACUUGUCGCAGGGCUCUCUACUGAUAUUUACCAAAAGAACAGAGUGUAUAAAAAUGAUUUGAUGCGAGUUAUGAGUAAGGUCAAGGAGGGAAACUUCUGUACAAAGAAACAGAGCCUGCUGCUACUGCGAUGUUGUACACAACUGUUAGCCGAUGAGGCACCGGCGACGCGACUCGACUUGGCUGAACAGAUAUGGAAUACUAUCAGGUCACACACAGAACUGACGGUGGAUCACUACAAUGAGCUGCUGAAGGUGUACAUUGACAAUGGGAAGUGGCUGACAGUUAGCUCAUUUGUGCAGGAGAUGUCACCGAUCAUACCCAACAUUACCACCUAUGAGCUCAUGCUGAGGGCUCUCGGAGAGGCGGGAGACAUUGAUCAAGCUACAGAGGUAAUAUCCAACAUGAAGACUCAAGGUAUAGCUGCCACCGAGAAUGUCUUCAACUCACUCAUAAUUGGUCAGGGGAAAGCCGGGAGGAUAGAGAGCGUGCAGGAGGUGCUGUCGGUGAUGAAGUCGCUGCGGCUGGAGUACUCGGCGGACACGUACACAGCCGCGGCGCGCGCGUACGCCGCCGCCCGCCAGCACGACCUCGUGGUCAGCACGCUCGACGCCGCGCUCGCGAGCGGCAUUCAGCUCGGUGAAACGCACGUCAUGGAGAUCGUUAAAACUCUCGCCGCCGUCGAAGGUGACAGCAUCAUACCAAAAGUGCUGAAAUACCUCCCAGAGGAGACCCUGCGGAGGCCGUCCAUCAGCCCGGUGAUGCAGGCGGCGGCGACGCAGCUGGUGUUCGCGGGGCGGGCGGGCGCGGCGCUGGCGCUGUACGAGUGCCUGCCGCUGCCGGCGUUCGGACCGCGCGACGACCGCGGUCUGCACGGCCGGAGCCUCGUCCGGGACUGCGUGAAGGCAGGGCUGCCGUCGGGCGUGAUAGCCGACGUGGCGGAGGCGCUGAUGGUGUCGGGGCGCAACCCCAUCGCCAUACAGAACGCGGCGGAGGCGGCGCUGCAGCUCGCCCGCGGGCCGCUCGCCACCGACCUGCUCACCCACAUGGCGCGCCUCGACCUGCCGCUGCGCCCCCACUACUUCUGGCCGAUCCUGCUGCAGGCCGCCAAAACGCACGGGGAGAAAGGCGUGAUGCGCGCGCUGGCGACGAUGGCGCGGAUGGGUGUGCGGGCGGACCACGAGACGCUGGCGACGUACGCGCUGCCGCACGUGUCGCACGCCGCGCCGCAGUCGCUCGUGCGCAAGCUGCAGGCGGCCGGCGUCGCGCUCGGCGACGCGGUCACCGCCGUCGCCGCCGUCCUGCUUCACGCCGGACAAGUGCGCGCCGCCAGCGAGAUCUGCGAGAUAUUCUCGGCGAAGGUGGACGCGGAGGUGCUUGUGAAGGCGCUGGCGGCGGGCUACGGCGGUGCCAGCGACGCGCGCCACGCGGUGCACCUGCUGGAGGACGUCACGGAGAAGGCGCGCGACCCUGCCCAGGACUGGGUGGGCCGCUUCCUGUGCGAGCUCGUCCGACAGAGGAGGGGCUUCGACGUGAACAAACUGACGGCCGUGGUCGAGGCGUUGGAGUCGACGAAGCUGCGGAUAUCGUCGUCGGCGGCGGAGUACUGCCUGUCGCGGGUGCCGCGCUGCCCCGCGCCGCUGCCCGCCGCGCUCGCCGCCAUCACCGACCCCGCCCGACCCGACGACGUCACGCUCGCCCACCGCGUCCCCCACCCUAGGGACAUGGACGAGGCGGGCCUGGAGAGCCACCUGCGCGAGCUGGAGGCGAAGGGGCUGAACACGCGCGGCGUGCUGCGGCGCCUGCUGCAGCGCCACGUGCGCCGCGCCGACCUGCCCGCCGCGCGCCGCGUCGCCGACAAGUGUCGCGCCGAGGGGGUGGAGCUGUCGGCGGGCAUGCGGGCGGCGAUCGUGGAGCUGCACGUGCGGGUGGGUGAGCUGGACGCGGCGGAGCUGGCGCUGGCGGAGCUGCGCCGCGCCGCACCCAACUUCACGCUGGACGAGCACAAGCUGCUGGACCUGGCCGCGCUCGCGGUGCGCCACCACCGCCUCGACGACGCGCUGCGCCUGCUCGACGAUCACGCCCGCACCAGGGUGGUACGGGGCGGGGCGGGCGUGGCGGGCAACUGCCGGCGGCUGCUGGAGGCGGUGGCUGCGGCGGAGGGGACGGGGGCGGCGGACGUGCGCCGCGCGCUGCGGACGCUCACCACCGGCGGGUACUGCCGCGCUGACACCGCGCUGCUCGCGCCCAUUGUCCGCGCGCAUCUCAACAGGGACGACUUGGCGGGCGCGGUGCGGGAGCUGGCGAGCCUGGCGGAGCAGUACAACAAGACGCCGCUCAAGCACGAGGUGCUGUGCGUGCUGCUCACGGCGCUGGGCGAGCGCGCCGCCGCCCGCGCACUGGGCGAGCGGGCGGAGGGCGACGCGGCGGGCGGCGCGGCGGGCGGCGGGGAGGGGGGGCUCGCUGACCUCGUGCGGGCCGUGCUUGACAUCGACCGCCGGUUACACGGCGCCGGGGCACAGAUAUCGGUGCUGGCCGCGCUGGCGGAGGUGGGGCAUGCGAGCACGCUGCGGCGGCUGCUGCUGGACCCCACGUUCACGUUCCCCGGCGCGGCGCUGGCGCGGCAGUGCGCGCGCUGGGCGGACGAGCGCCGCGCGCGCCCGCUGCGCACCCUCGCGGACGCCGCGCGCGGCCUGCGCCGCCUCGACCUCGCGCACCUCUACGAGCUGCUCAUGGACGUCUACCAGCGGGAGGACGACGUGUCGGCGGCGCUGGAGCUAUGGCGGGAGCUGCAGGAGCGCGACGUGCCGCCGUCGCCGCGACUGUCGCGGACGCUGCGCGCGCUGUGCGACGCCAACCACGCCCCGCCGCCGCCGGGCCUCGUGCGACAGACGACCGCCGCCUCCUAGGGUGGCGACCCAUCUACCGUGUUCCGAACGAGAGUUUUUGUCGCCGCUAGUAAUAUAAUAUUAAGGUAUUGAAACAGCGCUCUAGUGGCAAUCGAUUCGAUGCCCUAGAAACGCAGGUAAUUUUCCCCGACGAGUAGCGGUCGCGACUCGGUCGAGACGCGGCUCGGGCGCGCUGUGCCGGUAUCGACCGGUAUUGACAGUGACGCACUGCGAGUUAUUAAAAUAAGUUCAUUCUGUUAAGUUCGUAGAAUCUGUGAUAUUAACUACUACAAUAAAUAUUUAUUGUUUU